CAGUAUGGACAUGCAGAUGAGUGCCGUCGAUCUUAGAAUCACCGCACACUUCACUCAUUGGGGCAGUCACAGGGCCAAAACCAGAGGUGUGGAGCCACAGUGUGGCGGUGGUUGGAGGCUGCAGCAAUGGGAGGCCAAUACAGCAACCGUAUGACAAAAUGGAACCCAACCCAGCAGUGUAUGAGGAGACCUGAAGUGGCACAUGGCAGAGUGUGGCGAUGGACGACAGCAGCAAUGGGAGGCCGUACAGGGACCCAUGACACAUCUCUGGACCUGGCAGCAGCAUGAGGAGUCGGUACGGGGGCCAUGGCAGAUUACGGGCCUGCAGCAGCAUGAGGAGGGCGGGUACAGGGGCCAUGCACCCUAUCACAAAAAUGGAAACCCAACCAACAGUGUAAGGAGUACCUGAAAGUGGCACAU